CCUUCCUCUAAAAAAUUUCAUCAACAUAACAUUAUUCUUAGCUUUAAGAAAGUAAAUAAUAAAACUCCUGCUGGUUGUGUAUCUCCUGGUGAAGUAAUAGUAGCUAGUGAGAAGAAUGACGAGAACACAAGAAUUAGUGAUGAUGAUAACCUUUUUAGUGUUGGGAUGUGCACUAACCAUGGCAGAAACAGCAGCUCUAGAGCAUGCUCAUCACUAUGAAUGCACUCAUACCAGAUACCCUAGUCUAUGUGAUGAAACCUUGAAGGAGUUGAUGAGUUCAGGGAAUGAUAAAAAUGUUGAUAUCAUUCUGGCUCUUGUAAACAAAACCAUAUCUGAAACCAACUUGCCAAGAUCAUAUUUUGCUUCAUUUGAGACUCAGGAUAUUGCUCAACAAGACAAAUCAUCUUCAUCAGUCGGAGGUUAUUGUCAAGAGCUAAUGGACAUGUCAAUGAAGAGGUUGGACCAAUCCAUGAAAGCACUGAGCAAGCCAACAAGAAACAAGGAGGACAUCCAAACGUGGCUAAGCGCUUCCCUAACUUUCCAACAAACUUGCAACGACUUCGUACGAUCACAAACCUCCAGCGGCGCCGCCACUGCCGUGGUAGACACCAUUUCCAAGAAGAUGGACUAUCUUUCCGCAUUAGCCAGUAACUCACUUGCCCUGGUUAACCAAAUCACCACGAAGCGAAAAGAAAAGGAAAGCAAAGAGGAAUUUCCCGAAUGGAUUUCUUCGAAAGCAAGAAAACUCCUUCAGGGAGCAGCACCCAUAGAAGCGAACGCGGUGGUUGCGCAAGACGGUUCAGGGAACUACAAGACGAUUUCUGAGGCCAUUGCAGCUGCCACAGGUGGAAGAUUUGUGAUUUACGUGAAAGCAGGGACUUACAAGGAGAAGAUUCGGACAAGUAAGAAUGGCAUAACGUUGAUUGGAGCGGGUAAAUAUUCGACCGUUAUUGUUGGAAGUGAGAGCGUUAAGGGUGGAGCUUCCUUGCCUGACACCGCCACAUUCAUCUACGCCCACUCCCUCCGCCAAUUCUACAGAGAAUGCGACAUCUACGGCACCAUCGACUUCAUCUUCGGAAACGCCGCCGCCGUCUUCCAAACCUGCAACAUCAUGCUCCGCCGCCCUCUCCACGGUGGCUCCAACGCCGUUCUCGCCAACGGAAGAACCGAUCCUGGACAGAACACAGGUUUCUCGCUUCACAAGUGUGCCAUAACACCAAGCUCCGAUUUGUCUCCUGUGAAGCACUCUGUUAAUUCUUAUCUUGGGAGGCCCUGGAAGGAGUAUUCUAGGGCCGUCGUGAUAGGGUGUACCAUAGACGACGCCAUUGCGCAGCAGGGUUGGGUUCAGUGGCCUGGUUAUGGAAGCUCGGUCUUGAGGACACUCUAUUUUGGUGAGUAUGGUAAUUCAGGACCUGGUGCUGGAACUGCAAGAAGGGUUCAGUGGCCUGGUUUUCAUGUCAUGGGUAAUGUUGAGGCUUCUAAGUUCACUGUUGGUAACUUUAUUGCUGGAAGUUCAUGGAUUCCUUCCUCCGUCGGUUUCAUCUCGGGUCUCUAAGGAUCCAUCAAUUCUUCUUUCCAUUAAUAUUAUUAAAUGUGAUUUUUUAUCAUAAAAUAUAUAUUUUUAUAUUCUUUAUUGUAUAUCAAUAGAAAGAAAAACAUAAAAAGAAUUUAAUUUUUUAUUUGUGAUUUAAAAUCUUAAAAGUAAAACAAAAAGAGAGAAUGACUCAAUUUUAAGUCUUCACUCUUUUCUAUUUUUCACUUUUAAAAUCUUAACUCACAUAAACCCUGUCGCUACUGAUUGUGUUGCAAUUAAAAUGGAUGCAAUAAUCAGAAAAAGGAUUAGUAGUUGUAUUAGUAACAGUUGCCAUAUAGUUUGAUAUACUUGAAGGUCUGUGUAUAUGUUUUCUCUUUUGAUAA